AUGAGCCGUCAAGUAGUUGACUCCCUCAAACGGCUCCGGAACUGGGUGUUUGCCGCUCCUUCCCGGGUGACCAAGAUUGCGACAGGAGAGGGCAUCGCUGGCACCUCAGCGGCCCCUACGCAAAGCAGCAAUAAUGACACAAGCAUCGGCAGCCGUCUUGACCAUGGCGAGACCUACGAGAAGGGCGGAAAGCGAUAUAAACAAUAUGCAAACCAAGACAGCCACCGUGUUUGGGCCCAGGCGGACCUGGAAAUAGGUGCGAUACCUGACAAAGAAGCCGUGGAAAAGCUAUUCGAUGAUAUGCAAUCGGGCCUAGAGCGCCCAUAG